GCGCAUGCGCAGAUUGGGGAAAGUUCCGGAAGACGGCAGAGCUGCCGCCAUUUUGCGGGAAGAGGAGCUGCUCUACCUGCAGUGCUGCUUGUCUUGCCUAGACUCUAGGAAAUAUCCGAGCUCCACUCCCCACAACAUACUCAAAGGAACGGAGAGAACUGGGACCCCCCUGCGGGGACCCGGAACUGGCCGGCUCGGUGGCUCAUGUCUGUAAUCCCAGCACUUUGGGAGGCCGAGGCAGGCGGAUCACCUGAGGUCAGGAGUUCGAGACCAGCCUGACCAACGUGGAGAAAUCCCGGCUCUGCUAAAAAUACAACAUUAGCCAGAUCUGACAGGAUGGCAUCUGAUGACUUUGAUAUAGUGAUUGAGGCCAUGCUGGAAGCUCCCUAUAAAAAAGAAGAGGAUGAGCAACAAAGGAAAGAAGUUAAAAAGGAUUAUCCUAGCAAUACCACCAGCAGCACCAGCAACAGUGGCAAUGGGACCAGUGGAAGCAACACCAUCGGGGAGACAAGCAAGAAGAAGAGGAGUCGGACCCAUAGUAAAAGCAGGGAUAGAAAGCACAGUCGUAGUCGAGAUCGGGAUCGGUAUAGACGGAGAAAUAGUCGGAGCCGAAGUCGAGGUCGGCAGCGUCGUCACCGUAGCCGUAGCUGGGAUCGUCGACAUAGUAGUGAGUCGCGAAGUCGAGACCGUCGUCGUGAGGAUUGUGUGCGUUACAGGAGUCCUCCACUUGCCACUGGUUAUAGGUAUGGACACAGUAAGAGUCCUCAUUUCAAAGAGAAGAGCCCAGUCAGGGAGCCAAUUGAUAAUCUGAGUCCUGAGGAGCGUGAUGCCCGCACAGUUUUCUGUAUGCAGUUAGCUGCCCGAAUUCGGCCUCGAGAUCUGGAGGACUUUUUCUCUGCUGUAGGCAAGGUUCGCGAUGUACGUAUCAUCUCAGAUCGGAACUCACGUCGUUCUAAGGGCAUUGCCUACGUGGAAUUCUGUGAAAUCCAGUCUGUGCCACUGGCCAUUGGGCUGACUGGGCAGCGGUUGCUGGGAGUGCCUAUCAUUGUACAGGCUUCACAGGCAGAGAAAAACCGACUGGCAGCCAUGGCCAACAACCUGCAAAAGGGCAGUGGUGGACCAAUGCGCCUCUAUGUGGGUUCCCUGCACUUCAAUAUCACUGAAGACAUGCUCCGGGGCAUCUUUGAGCCCUUUGGUAAAAUUGAUAAUAUUGUCCUGAUGAAGGACUCAGAUACAGGCCGCUCUAAAGGUUAUGGUUUCAUCACGUUCUCUGAUUCUGAGUGUGCCCGGCGGGCCCUGGAACAGUUGAAUGGCUUUGAGCUUGCUGGUCGACCUAUGAGGGUUGGCCAUGUGACUGAGCGACUGGAUGGUGGCACAGACAUCACUUUUCCUGAUGGGGACCAGGAGCUGGAUCUGGGAUCAGCAGGUGGACGUUUGCAGCUCAUGGCAAAACUGGCAGAAGGCUCUGGAAUCCAACUGCCAACCACUGCUGCUGCUGCUGCUGCUGCUGCUGCCCAAGCUGCUGCCUUGCAACUGAAUGGAGCAGUUCCCUUGGGGGCCCUGAAUCCAGCAGCUCUGACUGGUAGUCUUGGACAUGGGAAAGGAAGGGAAGGUUUGGGGGUCUGGAAAGAAGGAGUGCGUGGUGCUUGCUCACUCACUCUGCCUCUCUUUGUUCUAGCUCUGAGUCCAGCCCUGAACCUUGCCUCCCAGUGUUUCCACCUCUCCAGCCUCUUUACCCCCCAGACCAUGUGAGUCUCAGGGUCUAGCUCAUUCUAGCCUUUGAUUAUUCUCUUUCCUUUGGCUUCCCAUUACCUCUUCUUUCCACAGGUAAGUCAGUGGCACAGCAUACUGCCUCCUUGUGCCUCUGGAUCCUGCCACUUCACAUCUACUCUUCCAUCACCCCAUUUCUCCAUUUUGUGGACCAAGCCAUCCUGAGGGCAUGGACAUUGUCUCUGAGGAAAUUGGGGCCACCCUUAAGAUACCAAGAAGAGCUCCUGCCCAUGGUCCCACUGGAAAUGGACUCUGCUGAGCAAAGCCCCCAGUUGAAGAGAACAGAAGCCACACCUGCGUUGAAUACCUGUUUCUCCAUGUGUAUCGUCUCUGAGAUUACCUUCUUGCCCUUUCCAACACCUUAGUGAUUCCUCAAUUCCUCCCACGUUAGGAAGGCCAUAGGGCAUUAACUGAAGGAACUGACCUCUCUCCUUUUCCUGUACCUUUACCCUUUAGUCUCAAGGAAAACCCUUAGGACCUCUGAAUCAAGAGGACUGAGUUUGUGGGUGAACCUUGAAGGUGCUCUUUCUGCCACAAGGGCCCUGGGAGAUAGCAUGGACAUGUGCAUUGAGAAGCCAGCCUCAGACCUUAUCUUGAAGUAGCUUGAGGCCAGACCUGCUAUAGGCUCAGCAUCUUGCUAGGAGGCAUGGAAGUGAUCUAUCCUGCCAGGCAUUUAGGGGCUUUCAGGAAUUGAGUAAAAGGUGGAGUAUGCCUUUCCAGUGUCUUCCAUCUUCCUUUGUAUACUUGUCCUUCCUCCCAUUUCCUCCCUUUGGCCUGGGGUAGGAGGAUGGAGGGAGGCUGCUGCUCUACCACUUCCUGUGUGCCCCUACUGUGGCCUCAACCCUGGCAAUUAAAGCUGCUCCCACCCCUUACCUGGGCGUGUGUGAGCCCUCCUCACUGGGUUUUAUACCCUUGUGUCUGUGUACAUAAAUAUAUAUACAUACAUAGAAACUUUGCACAAAAGGCAAGCUGCCUCCUUGUGGCAGCUGUUGCCCAUUUGUGUGUGGUCUUUGUUGUGUGUCUGACAACUUCUCAUGAGCCCAACUCAUGAUGUUUCUAGGGAUAUAAAACAUUAGUAACACCA